AUGAUAUCAAAUAAUGAGCUAGAAACUUUAAAAGACUCCCGUGGCCAAUUCAUUUCGAUCAAUUCAUUUUUUUCUACCAGUACAGAUAAAGAGCAAGCUUGUUCAUUCCUUAAGGCUCCUGAUAACACAGAAAAUUUAGUAGGUGUAUUAUUUGAAAUCGAUGCUGACCCUAGGAUGGCUAUAACGAAACCAUUUGCUGAUCUUAGUGAAUUUAGUGAAUAUGAAGAUGAAGCUGAAGUGCUCUUUAUGAUCGGUUCGAUUUUUCGAUUGGGCAAUGUGAAGCACAGCAAAAAUGAUCAAGUGUGGAUCAUUCAAAUGACAUUAUGCAAUGAUGAGGAAUAUGAUUUAAAACAAGUUCUCGUGGAUAUGAAAGAGCAAUUUGUGACCGACGAAAUAAAUCUUCGAACGUUAGGAAAAAUACUAUGGGAGAUACCAAAGCCUGGUCUUGCUCAAAAAUAUUUUAUGCGCAUGUUGGAACAACUGUCACCUGACGAUCCAUUAAGAAUUGAUUUGUAUUUGGAUCUUGCCACAAUUGAAUCACAUGCUGGCAACAAGGAAAAGCAUUUGAAAUGGCGACAAAAAGCAAGUGAAUUGAAGAAGCAGCUUCAAUUGAGUUCUUUAUUCAGGACGGGUAAAUCAAAGAAUCUUGUCGAUGCUUCAAAAUCAUCGGAAUUACGUACUCCAUCGGUCUUACCAACAUCCAGACUAACAGCGGAAUCUAUGACCACAAAACCAGGUAUGUUAAAUGAACGAACAACAUAA